GCGACAAGACGGACGCGCGCGUAACAGUUCUCUCCUCGCUCGCUGUGCGUUCGUCCCAGUGUUGCAGUCGCAGCGCCUGUCUCCCAGCUCUACCCCCUGCGCGAGCGCGGGAAACCUGCCAGCCGGGCAACGAAUCACGAAGAUUCGUUUGUGUCUGCUCUGUGCGUUCAAUCCCAGUGAUACUACAGUUGUGGGUGGCGCGCUGUCCCUCGACUGCGAGGAGGGACGCGAGAAGCGAUGAUGUGGUUAGCGCUGAGCGCGCUGCUGCUGGCGCAGCAUUGCGUCAACGCCGACACCAGCGUGCACAUCCUGUCCAAGAAUUACAACCAGCUCAUCACCUCGAGCACGCUCAAUUGGAUAUCCGAGUCGCAUUACAGCGCCUCUAAGGAGUUGGUCAUCGGGGGUUUCGAGACUGUUCCCAAAGAAGACGGAGGCACCGACACGAUAUCGCGUUCGAUCUUCGUAUGCCGCGCCCUGCAUAAUGGUGUCUGGGUUGCCGGCGCCAGGCGAGACGGCGAAAACAAUUGCACCGUCAGUUUGACUGGCAGCGUACGCACGUACGAGCGUUAUCAGUUGUUGGAAAACGUGGAGAACGCAGGACGCAUCAGCUGGAAGAACUGGACGAAAUAUUACACACCGGUGCCGGGGACCGUAGCGAGCUCGGACAGGCUGUACGUAGCCCGAGUGACAUUGGAGGACGAAGCGAUGGGCAAGCCAGUCCACUACAUCGGCACGCUCAACGCGCAGGACUCGCUCGGCAUCAUCACUUACGUCAAGGAGAACGGCGAGGAAAGCUCCUCGGAAAAGGGCCAACUGCUGGUCGAGACGGAGCCGAUCUCUUACGAGCUCGGUUCGGUCAAGCUGAAUAACGCAAGGAGCAAGGCCACCAAGAGGGUGCCGCGGACUUUGGGAGUGGCGACGAUCAGCAAUGCAGGCUCGGCGCCGGGCACGAUGGCCGAAGCCUUCUCCUACGAAUACGUCUACCGGCUUUCUUGGGGACAGGGCCACGCCAUGCUUCGCGGUCUCGAGACCAAAAUCACUCUGGUCAACAAGACCAAGCUGCCCGACAUUUUGUGGGGCAUCGAGUUCAAAGAGAAUCGCACCGCAGUUCACACCGUGGAAGUGCAUCUGGAGCCAGGAACAGCGGUCAACGUCACGCUUCACGGCACCUACGCAACCGUGGAGACGCCGUACAGCGGCAAACUGUCGUCGCACUACGACGACAAUUCGUCGAUCAAUACGCGCCAAAUAAUCGACGAGCGCCAAGAGGAUCUGGUAAUCGACGUCACUUCGGAAAUUGGUCCAGUCUACUUCCUCGGCAAUUUCAGUCUGGUUCCGACGCCGGCGCCCACGCCGUUGGCCGAACCAGCGACUACGACCACUGCUACGAGCACGACGAGCAGGCCAGAGACGACGCCGAGCUUGACUACUGUGCCAACGACCACGCGCCAGCAGCAUUACAAUCUCGACGACAGCCAAACGGAGCAGCAGUACAGCAAGGAGAACGUCGGCGUCGAUGAGAACUCGAUCGUCGAGAGGCCGCAAGGCGACGACGGCGGUCCGCAAUCGCUCAAGGACAAAAACCAUGACAACUCGGCCGCCAAUCUGUCCUCCGCUCUCGUUACGAUCGUCGCGGCUGUUCUCCUGACGACGUGAAGCGACCAAAGAUAUGCUCUGUCAGCCUAUCCCCCCCCCCCCCCCUUUAUCGCAAACACCACCACACCCUUCAUCGACUAUUCCUCGUUGCAUUUGUCUCUUUAUGUCUGACGGAUUAUUAUAGCAACGAGAACACCUCUAGAAAUGAAAAUAGUUAGAAAUUGUAUUUUCCUUUAUUUUUGUCGUGUCGCGAAUGGAGAGAGCUUUAUUGCCUUGUUGCGUAAACGACGAGAGCUAGUCUCAAUAUGAACCCACACAAAGUAUAUAGAAAAAUCGAGUACAAGCAAUCGAGAGAGAGAGAGAGAGUGAGAGAGAGAAAGGAGAAAGAAAAAGAAUAAUUAAAAUACAGUGCAUUACAUUCCGUCUUUUAACAAUAUACCUAAAAGGAAAAUUUUUUAGAUUAGAGAGAGAACCGAAAUACUUUCAGAUCGUAUAUGCCUUCUUCGAUAUAAAUGUGAAAAAGUUCGUUCCGACUGUGACAUUACCUUCUUUCAUUCGCCCUCCUUUUUUCUUUAUGUUUUAUUAUUGAGAAUGUUGGCGUACUUUGUAUUACCUAUGUAUUUUAUUGAUUGACCGAACUAUUAUUAUUAAUAGAGGCUAUUUUAAGUAUAUAAGCGUUAAUUUUAACAAACGAAAAGAUGAUAUAUGUUUUAUUUGUUUGUUAAUCGAGGUAAUUCGGAGCGCAACAAGCUUUUUCACGGGUUGCGCGACAAAAUCUUGAAUAAUAAUAAUGAUAGCAGAAAAAGAUUAAGACCCUUAUUCCUCACAAAUCCAAUGACAAAAAAUCGUUAUAUAUAACGUAUAGAUAAAUAUAAAUAUAAUAUAUACAAACAAAUUACAUAUAUUAUAUGUAACGCGGUGUCAAGAGCCGCAAAAGCACAAGAGCUACUUUUAUUUUAGAUACGGACCACCUUCGAAGGUGUGCAAGAGCGAGCGAGAGAGAGAGAGAGAGAGAGAGAGAGAGAUAUGAUCAAGUGUGCGGCAAUUAAUGUGGACGAUAAGACAAACAUAAAAUAAUAAGAAAAAAAAAUAAUUACGAAGAGAUACGAUAUUAUGGCGUAUCGGCGAUCGUUAUAUUUUUGAGAAUGCAGCGUAAUUUUAGACGUUUGUAAGGUUUGUAAGCGUAGCAACGUAAGUAUUUAUAGGCAAGUUUUAUGCGAGGGCUUAUUCAAUUCCUAGUAUGUGCCGAUGUCAAUCUCAAUAAACAAAUGAUGCAGUGUUUGCGACACUUGCGUUCGCGAUGGGCAUUCGAUUAUUGUUGAUAAGCUGCUUUUUCAAAAUGGAAGCGAAUAUCUUGUCGACGAUUUCGUGAUGCUCCUUGGCGAACGGAAUUUAGAGUCAGGCUCGAGUCUUGAGACGAAAAAGGAGAAACGUUCAUUGCUUUUUUUUGGUAAAAAGCGUUUGUUGUUAAAUUUAGCUGUAGGCGCAAUGUUUCGUUAACGUAGUUUUUAACGAUUUGUUUGGACAAAAUAAUAAUAGUGGCAUCGACGUUGUAAAUACUUUAGAAAACUAUUCCAUAAGUAUAUUAUUAGAGAAAAAAAUUGUUGACAAAUUAUUGUUUUACUUUCUCAAACUCUUUUUUUAUUCGUUGACAUUCAUUACUUGUUCAACUUUUUACUUGAAAAACAUCACUUCCAAAUAGAUUGAUUAAUUGGUUAAUUUCUAUAAGAUAAAUCAAAUAGUAACAAAUGUUCAUUCGAAAACAGCCAACAAAAGUCCUAAUUAAUAAAUUAUUAUACACAUAUUCUACGUUUGAGAAAGCAAAGAUAAAAACAUUCCAAUAAGAUUACUAAUUUUUAUGCUUACAAUAGCAGGCAGCAAUAAUGAAGGGAUAGAUAAUGCAGAUUAAAACGAUUUUGGUGCGACUCACAUUUUACAGCGCAGACACCCAAGACGAGAAUAAUGAAGCCAAAUUCGUUUUGCCAAGAGAUAUAAACGCGAGAAUGCUACCUCGAUGUAAGAUUAAACUGUCUAUUUACAGAAAAACUCGUAUUAUAAUGCUUGGUAAAUGAAAAAUGGAAAAAAAUGAAAAAAUACAAAUGCAUUUAUGACUUGAAAUAUACGCCAAAUAUCUCUGUAACAAGCUUAUUUAAACGCGUGUACGUAACAUACGAAGAGAAAAAAUAAAUGUUAUAAUAUAUUGAUCUAUCACUUUUAUCGCUAUCAUUUCUCUCAGCUUAUUGCUUACACGUUAAAAAUUAUUUAACGGUUAAUCGAUUAUUUAAGCAAUUUAAAUCUGUAUAUUAUUAUGUAAAUAUA